GCCACUUAGUCCGCCCCGCCGCCUCCGCGAUGGCUCCCGGCGCCACCCAUCCUGGCCAGCUUGCGCUCCUGGCCCUGCUCCUGCCCCUGCUUGGGGCUCUGCUCCCAGGGCUUGGAGGUGCUGAAAUCUCAAUGUGGCCCCUAAACACCAUCAUACCCAAAGGAGGCUCCAUGAAGGUGAACUGCAGUGUUGCCUGUGAUGGAAACAUCACCAGCUUUGGCCUAGAGACUCACUGGCACAAGACUGAAGUGGACCACAGAGACAAGUGGAAGAUUUUUGAACUGAGUAAUGUGGAAAACGAUGGCACUCUACUCUGCCAUGCAGUAUGUCAGGGAAACCAGACACAAGUUCAAGGGAACCUCACCGUAUACUGGUUCCCGGAGUAUGUGAAACUGGCUAACUUGUCGUGGCAGCGCGAGGGCCAGCACUUCAACCUGAGCUGCCAAGUGUCAGGCGGCGCACCCCGGACCAACCUCUCUGCGGUGCUGUUCCGGGGGGAGGAGGAGCUGUUCAGGCAGUCAGUGGGGAUGGAGGAGCCUGCCAAUGUCACGUUCCGGAUGCUGGCCAGCAGAAAGGACCACGGUGCCAAUUUCUCUUGUCGCACUGAGCUGAACCUGCAGCCCCAGGGGCUGGAACUGUUUUGGAACAGCUCGGCCCCCUUGAAGCUCCAAACUUAUGUCCUGCCAGCCACCCACCCACACCUUGCUACCCCUGAGCUUGUGGAAGUGGGCACACCCGUUUCUGUGAACUGUUCCUUGGAUGGACUGUUCCCAGCCUCAGAGGCUACGGUCCACCUGGCGAGGGGGGACCACAGGCCGCCACUAACAAUCACGCAUAAUGGCGACUCCCUCCUGGCCAAGACCUGGAUCAAUGGAACCGAGAAGGAGCAGGGCACCCAGUACCUGGUAUGUGAGAUAAUGCUGGCAGACGAGAAGGUGGUGACAAAGAAGAAUGUGACCUUCUACAGCUUCCCACCUCCCAACCUGACCCUGAGCGAGCCUGAGGUCUCAGAAGGGACUACAGUGAGCAUAGAGUGCCAGGCCCACGGUGAAGCUGUGGUGACACUGAACGAGGUUCCAGCAGAGACCCCCAGCCAGAGGGCCCAAUUGAAGCUGAAUGUCAGCGCUGAGGACCAUGGGCGAAGCUUCUCCUGCUCUGCUGCCCUGACGGUGGCUGGGCAUGUGCUAUACAAGAACCAGACCCAGGUGCUCAGUGUCCUGUAUGGACCCCGGCUAGACGAGAGGGAUUGCCCAGGAAACUGGACGUGGCCAGAAGGCUCCCACCAGACCCUGACGUGCCAGGCCAGGGGGAACCCAACCCCCAAGCUGAUCUGUCGCCGGGAAGGGGACGGGGCUUUGCUGCCCACCGGAGACCUGGGGCCUGUCAAGCGGGAGAUUACAGGCACCUACCAAUGUCAGGCCACCAGCUCUCGCGGUGUGGCCACCCGAGUCGUGGUCGUGAACGUGAUCCACAACCAGAAUAACAUGGUCAUCAUCAUUCCGGUGGCAGCCGUGGCUAUCUUGGGCAGUGUUGGCGUCGCCGCUUACAUCUAUAACUACCAGCGGAAGAUCCAGAAGUAUGAGCUACAGAAGGCCCAGGAAAAUGCAGCCAUGAAACUUAGCACACCAGCCUCGCCGCCUUGAACCUGAUCCAGGGCAGGACCUCCUCAGCACCCCCUCCCACACUGGGACGAGCGGGGCUGCAUCAAACAAUGGUGGUCAUACACCAUGGAAGCUGUACCCACCUUCCCAGGAUGCCAGAGGACAGGAUAGAGGCCUCAGUCAGGAUACAGACAGCAUCUGGUGUCAUGACACCUGCGUACUUAUGACCCCACCCCCAGGCCUCACACCUGACCUGUAGCCACAGCACUGAGCCAGGAGGAGGGGGUGAGAUUCAACAUGAUUGUGAGGGGUGUCGAAGUCUGACCUGACCAGAAGGUGUGUGAUGGAAUCCUUGACCUCCAACAUGGAAACACACAACUGGGAAACAUUGAAACUCACCCACCGCUGCAUGUGCUGAGGUCCUGCAGUCCUAAGAGACAAGUGGCCCUGCACAGACACGUGCAGUAUUGAAACACAAGUCUCAACACUUUCUCCGACAGAUGCCCGGUUCCGGCACUGCUGUCUGCUGACUAUCCCCAGCUCCUGAUGAUGACAUAUUUAUUCAUUUGUUCUUCUACCAGCUAUUUAUUGAGUUCCUUUUACAUGGGCUGGAGUGGUAAACAAGGAUUUGCUUCUCAGUCUAAUCUCAUUCAGGGUUGCCAGGUACAGUUGUAGUGGCUGUGCACUGCACAAGAGUGCCUGAAGGAAGUUCUUGUGUGGUGCAGUGGGUGAAGGAUUUGGCAUUGCCACAGUUGUGUCACAGGUUGCAGCUGUGGCUUAGGUUCGAUCCCUGGCCUAGGAAUUUCCAUAUGCUGUGAGUAUGGCAAAAAAAAAA